UGGCGACUCCGCAUACAGCAUCGGAAUUACUGACUGCAAGCUUGCUUUCUCUUCUCCGUGGAUCUGAUGCAAUGAGUGCUUUCAAUCAUUUCUUGAAUCCUUCGAAAAUUGCUUGGGAGAAUUAUUAUUUUGCCGUCUAAUUAAAAACCCAUAUUUUAAUACUCGGUAGGGUUUUUAUUCAUUCGUUUUUGCACUGGUCACUGACGCUGCACAGGACCAUGGAUCCACCACCGUCUUCAGAGAAAUCGCAUCUCAUCAACGAAAGAAAUGGCAAAAUAUACUCCUUAAAACUUAACAGUGAAUUAUCAGGUUCCAAAGAAAGUUGUCCAAACUUGCCUUUGGGAAAUGGCGAUAUGGCUGGUGCUAUCGAGCUCAAGAGGCCUGUCGGAACUCAUUGCCAUGCUAAAAAAGCAGCCUUCUUUGAGAGCCAUGAGAAACUCAUUGCAAAGAAGAAGCUGUACAUCGCCUCCAUAGUCUGUCUGUUUUUCAUGAUUGGAGAAGUUAUAGGUGGUUAUCUAGCACACAGCUUGGCCAUUAUGACCGAUGCAGCCCACCUUCUGACAGAUUUUGGCAGUAUGAUGGUCAGUCUUUUCUCCUUGUGGAUCUCCUCAAGGCCACCAACCAAGAUAAUGAGCUUUGGCUGGCACAGAUCAGAGAUUCUGGGAGCUCUGAUUUCUGUGAUGUCCAUUUGGAUCGUGACUGGGGUGCUGGUGUAUCUUGCCAUUGAGAGGAUAGUAAAAAAUGAUUAUGAAAUCGAAGGCCAUGUGAUGCUCAUCACCUCAGGUUGUGCAGUCGUGGUCAACAUCAUAAUGGCCUACAUUCUGCACCAUUCCACGACCUUCCACAGUCACGGUUCAGGCUACCACAAGAUUGAUGAGAGUGGGAUGAGUCCUGUGGGGCAUGGCCACUCCCACAGCCUCCUGGGUAAUCAUGGGAACACCAGUGUCAGAGCAGCAUUUAUUCAUGUUUUGGGGGAUCUCUUACAGAGCUUUGGAGUGAUGGUGGCAGCCAUCAUUAUCUACUUCAGGCCAGAAUACAAAGUAGCCGAUCCCAUUUGCACUUUCCUCUUCUCCGUGUUCGUCCUGGGCACCACAACUACCAUCCUGAGAGAUGUCUUCCGCAUCCUCAUGGAGGGGUCCCCCAAAAGUAUAGAGUUUAAUUCAGUGAAGGAGGUUCUGCUGUCUCUGAAAGCAGUGAAGGCCAUGCAUAGCCUACAUCUAUGGGCUCUCACCAUUGGCCAGAGUCUGCUGUCUGUUCACAUAGCUAUUGAAGAGAACGCUGACCCUCAUAGUGUCUUAAAGGAAGCCACUGAACUUCUUCACACCAAAUUUGGCUUUUACAAUACAACCAUUCAAGUGGAGCCAUAUUGUGAAGACAUGAUCCACUGCGCCCAGUGCCAGGACCCUAUGGACUAAGUUCUCCAGGCGCAUCGGUGAGAGGAGGCUGCCUGUAUAAUAUGUACACAUAUUAAGCUUCAUUAAGGGUCCAAGCCAGAAAUGGAAACACUGUGCAAAUGUCUCAUCUACGUAUCACUACGAAUAUGUACAUGCCAAAUGCAUUUUUAUCGAUUAACAAGAAAAAAAAAAGGAAAAAACAAGAAGAGAUUUCACACUGUGCCAUCUUAAAAGUGCAUCUUCAGCAUAAAAAAUGCAUUGGUUUAUGGGAGGAAUAGCUUUAAAAUGAAGUGUUGAUGUUAAGUUUUACAUACUGUAUGCAAAGAUAAAGAAUUGAGAGGCAGUACAUGAGGCCUGGAGGCAUCACCAUGAGCCUUUUUAUUGUGACUUUGCAAGGUUUUGCUUGGCCGGCUGGCAUCGUACAUACAGCAGAAGUGUACUGUAAUAGCCUGUCUGCAGUCUUGGGAAGGUAAAGGAUGGGUAUUGACAUGACUUCAUUAAAACAAUUAAAAUAGGGUUUAUUAUGCCCCAGCCAGCCUUGCGCCUGCUGCCUGACAGCAUGCUCCUCUAAUCAAUGUGAAUGUCCGCCAAACUGCGGCAUGAUGUUGUAGGGGCUUAAAAAGAAAUUGUGCUCAAGUGUAAUUAUGGAUUUUGUUGGCGAUCUAUCACUAAUGUCUUGUCUCAUGGUGCAAAACUAUUUGCAAAAGCAAGCUGGUGAUUAACUCCGUUCUUCCUCACUGGCUGCGAAAGUGCUUUGAAAAAAGUGGCUUUGAGAAAACAGUGGAGACAAAAUGGUUGAUGCAUGAAACAACUAAGAGUGAUAUUAAAGGUGAAGUGUGUAACUAUCCUUGUUUCAUGUAGAAGAAGAUAUAAAACAUUUGUAGGAUAUCCCAACAAAUUCAUUGGUGGUAAAGCAAAAUUUUCAGCAGCCAUUAGUCCACUUUUCAAAGAAUAAACUGCAUUAAAAAUCUUAAUAAUUAGCAUAAUUAAAAUAGAACAGUUUUUUUUUUUUUUUACUGUAUUCAUGUCCACUGUAUCAACAUUUCUCUGAAUCAUUAUUGGAUCAGAACGUCAAAAGUGAAAUAAAAUGCAAUUUUAUACCAUAUUUAGAUGACAAGUGGACAUCGCUUGCUGAUUUAUACAUGCAGUGUAGUAUAACAUCCUAACAAAUACAUUUCUGGAUGUAUAGAAUAUUUUGAUGUACUACAAUUACAAAGUGUGCAGUAUAGAACAGAGCACUGCAUUCCAGCAUUAAUGCAAUUAAACUGACCUUCAACCAUCAUUUUUAUAAUUCUUGCCUCAUUUGAACAAACAAGAUGAAAAUAAAGAUGUUUUUACAUACUAAUUGAUUAAAACUGUAUACAGUGCAUCCAUGGUGAAAAUAAAUAUUCCAUUCUAAGCAUAGCCAUGUUUAAACUGAAAAGGAGUGGAAUCGAUCAAUAAUUUUGCAGUCUUAGAUGGCGCUAGUAGUGGCACAGAAUUACACACUUCUCCUUGCUAUGAUGCUGUUGUGGGUCACUCUAGUUUCUCAAAGUCAAGCAUGCUUCACACCCUCCACACCCUGAUGUCUUCAGGCUCUGUCCAGCUGUGGUUUGCGAUGACACACAAGCACACACACACACGUUUUGCACAGGAUUUCCAUCUCUGAUCUCAGUGCCGCCACACUGCCGCAAUGACUCUAUGACAUUCCAGCAAGCAGUUCAACACGUAUCUCAUGUCUCUGUAGUUCAACACUGAGAUCAUGGCAGAAACAUACAAUAAUGAAGCACAUGAUUUCUCAAUGUCUUUUAAAAAAACAUUUUCCAUUUAAACCAUGGUUUUCUUUUAAUUCUUAUUUUGGUAACAACUUUCACUAAUGCUCAUGUACAUUAUAUGUGAAGCUUUUAUAUAAAUAGAACACUGAAUAUGAUUUUAGACUAAUAAAAGAUGAUUAUUGUGUUUUAAAGCUUGUGUGUACUGAUAAAAUGUAGCCAUUGUGAUCUGUUGUGUCGUGAAAGAGUUUUAAGGGUUUGCUUUGCAUGGUUGCUUUUUUUUUUCAAUCUCACUGAAAUUCAUUAAAUUCUAUAUUUUGUCUAUUUGUUUUGAUAAAACGAAUAUAUAUUUAAAACAUGAAUAUCACAGUCAUUUAUAUGAGAGAGCGAACAAAAUGUUAAUAUGAAAUGACCAAUGCAUAAGCCAUUUGUCCUCUUAGCCAUUGCUACAGAUUUAGAUUUAGAGUUAUCUCACAUUUAGUUAGCGAAAUUUCAUUGUCAACUGUCAAUAGAGAUGAAGCACCACUCAAAAAUGUCUUUUAAACUGAGUAGUUUUCUGUUGAUCAACAAGUGAAUUUGCAUGAUUGGAAAAACUUGAAAACGAGCAAAUUUGUAUGACCUAUAUACAUAUAUUCGUGCCAAAUUUUGUUGAGCAACGAUAAUAGUGACCUAACCUUUAUAAGUACAUUUUUAACCAUCUUCUCAAGUGUCUUAUAUCAUUAGAUUUAUCUGGUCAUUUGAUCAAACAGCACUUAAUAUUUUAGAGAGACAACCAAAAAAAAAAAAAGUAAUCCUAAAAUCUUCUGCGAAUAGUCUACUCACUGCUUUCGCAGUUUUUUACUCCCUGCAUGAUGUCAUGAAAAGGGAUUGGCUUUUGUGAAAGGCUCUAAUAAAGCAAACCUAUAAAUUGUUUAUUAAAAUAAAACAGGACACGCCUAGAAUAUUUCCUUAUAAAUAGACCUUUUUCCAUAUGAAUAGCAUAAUAAAAUGAAACUAAUAUGAUGCACAUCUUAAAGUGUGAGAACGUUUUCUUUUAUGUGAUUAAAACACAUGUAGCCUACUGAAAAUGUACUGCAUAACAGGAAUAGCCUGCAUGUGUUCAUAUGCUUCUGAUUUUAAGGGUUUUUAAUUAAAAUGUUGUUCCAGGACCAACGAAAGAUUUUGAUCUUUUGGUCUUUCUACUUGUAUUUUUAAACAUAAAGUUGUAUAGUUUAUGCAACCUUACAUCUCUGGGAAAAAAAUCAGUAAUAAGAAAUUCAAGUGAAAUACACAGGAUUCAUAUGUCAUACAAAAAGAGAGUGGAAAAACCUCAAAGUAUUAUUUGCUAGAAUAAGUUUAAGAAACUUAGUUUGAAUAUUGCACAUACAGCGUCACGACUCAAAAGCUAAGAUGAAUAUGGCCAAUCCAAAAUCAGUUUCAGAUGCAGGUGCACGCAACCUAAUGAAGCUUCAAAACUGCUAGCGGAGUGUGAGAUGGUGCAUCAUCGGUCAUGUUUUGACAUGUUCAGCAUUUUGUGUCAUUAAACUGAAAGACAUUAAUGUUAUUCCGUGGAAACUGUAAGUAAUCUACAUGAUUAUUUUAGUUAUGCCUCAGAUUUUUGAAUGUGUACAGUAUAUAGAUUUGCUUCUUGUAUAAACUUGUCUGUCUAUAAAAUCCGGUGUGUAAAUGUUUUAUCCUUUAUGUGACUACAUAAAGUCACUAUAUAACCAGAAACUAAUGAUGGAUAUUUAAUUUUUACAUGAUUUUAAUUGUAUAUCUGUCGCAUAAUGUGUUUUUUGUAAUCUGUAAUAAAAUCACGCAAAUCAACCUUUUGCAGUGUCUCUGACAAGAAUAAUUAUACCAUGUUCUAAUAAUAAGUGGUAAA